AUGAAGGAGUUUUCCUACCAUGAGAUCGAGGCGGCGACCGGCGGCUUCGCGGCCAAGAACGUCGUCGGCAAGGGCAGCCACGGCUGCGUCUACAGGGCCAGGCUCAGGGGCGGCGCUGGCCACGGCAGGAGGCUCCUCACCGUCGCCGUCAAGAAGGCGUCGCACCCGCAGGGGGAGGCCAAGCUCGCCAACGAGAUCGCCGUGCUCACGGCCGCGUGCCACCACCCGGGCGUCGUGAGCCUCGUCGGCGCGGUAGCAGCGGGGCGGUCGCCGCUUCUCGUCAUGGAGUUCAUGCCCAACGGCUCGCUGCACGACCUGCUGCACCGGUCCCCGAGGCCGCCGCCGUGGCCGCGCCGCGUGGAGAUCGCGCUCGACGUGGCGCGGGCCAUGCGCGCGCUGCACGGCGCCGCGCCCCGCGUCAUACACCGGGACGUCAAGACGGCCAACGUCCUGCUCGGCCGCGACGGCCGCGCCCGCCUCGCCGACUUCAGCCUCGCGGUCAGGGUCGCGGCCGCGGGCGCGCCGAGGCCGGCGCCGGCGGGCACGAUGGGGUACCUGGACCCGAGCUACACGGAGCCGGGCCGGCUGGGGCCCGAGAGCGACGUGUUCAGCUUCGGCGUGGUGCUCCUUGAGCUCAUCAGCGGGCGCAAGGUGAUGGACGUGAACGCCUCCCCGUCGUCCAUCGUCGCGUGGGCGCUGCCGCUGAUCGGCGCCGGGCUGGCGCGCCAGGUGUUCGACGGGAGGGUGGCCGCUCCCCGUCCCGGCACCGACGCCGAGGCCGCGAUCGCCAGGGUCCUGUCCGUGGCAGCGCGGUGCGUGUCGGAGAGCGUGGAGCGCCGGCCAGCGAUGGCGGAGGUGGCCUCGGAGCUGCGCGGCGCCCUGGAGAGCGGCAGGUGGCACCGCCGCGGGAGGGACGUGGUGGAAAGGGUGUGCAGGCGCGUCGUGUCGUGGGGGAUACAAGUGCGCGUGAAGACGACGCGGCGGAGCAAGGUCGAGUGCACCGAGCUGUCGGGGUCGUCGGAGGGGGGCGGCGCACCAAGCCGCGCGGACUCGUGCCAUCUACCAUCGCGGUCCAACAGCAAUGCAUACGAGUCAGAUAGGCUGACCCAGCAAAACUCAAUGCUUUAG